AAGCGGAGUGACCUUCCUCGGGUAUCAGUAGAGAGGCAGUACUACUGAAGCAAUAAACCGGUGACAGCUCACCAGCCCACCGCACUAGCCUCAGAAAUGAACAACAACUUAGCCGGAGACGAAGUAGGGAAACUUUUUGUGGGUGGCUUGGAUUGGAGUACCACACAGGAGACUUUAAGAAACUAUUUCUCACAAUAUGGAGAGGUAGUUGAUUGUGUCAUCAUGAAGGACAAAACAACGAAUCAGUCUAGAGGCUUUGGGUUUGUCAAAUUCAAAGAUCCAAAUUGUGUCCGGACUGUGCUGGAGACCAAACCUCAUAACCUUGAUGGCAGGAAUAUUGACCCUAAACCAUGUACUCCCAGAGGAAUGCAACCUGAAAAAACUCGAUCCAAGGAUGGCUGGAAGGGCAGCAAAUCAGAUAGCAAUAAGUCAAAGAAGAUAUUUGUUGGUGGAAUCCCCCACAACUGUGGUGAACCUGAACUCAGGGACUAUUUCAAUAGAUUUGGAGUGGUCACAGAGGUGGUAAUGAUCUAUGAUGCAGAGAAACAAAGGCCACGAGGUUUUGGAUUUAUUACUUUCGAGGCCGAACAAUCAGUGGACCAGGCUGUCAACAUGCAUUUUCACGACAUCAUGGGCAAAAAAGUGGAAGUGAAAAGGGCUGAACCUCGGGAUAGCAAAGCUCCUGGCCAGCUUGGACCUAGCCAAUGGGGACCCAGAGGCAUCUUGAGUGCAGCCAAUGGUUGGACAGCACAACCUGCCCAAGGCUGGCAACAGAGUUAUGGGCCCCAGGGAGUUUGGGUGUCAGCGGGCCAGCCUAUAGGUGGGUACGGCCCCCCUUUAUCUGCCGGUCGUGGAGCCCCUGCACAGCCCCCUUCACCAUUCAAUGCAUUCCUGGUCACAACAACCCCGACAGGGGGCUUCGGGGCACCUCAGGGCUAUCCGCAGCAAGGAUACAGCACACCACCUCAGUUUGGGUACAGUUUUGGUACGCCUCAGGGUGACCAGUAUGCGCCACAGGGAGUGCCUGCCCCUCCCACCACUCCGGGAUCCGGGCCUCUAGGGUUCGCCCCUGCCACCACACCCACUCAGGACAUGAGCAAAGCCCCCACGGGACAGCCCGACUUCCCCUACAGCCAGUAUGGCUUGGGUAACUACCCUCAGGACCCCUCUGCCUACGGACCCACGCGUCCUUCUCACAGUUAUGGUCAGGAUGAGCAGGGAUAUAGUGCAGGUUAUGGUCAGGACCUUACUGGGUUUGGCCACACCUUUGCAGAUCCUACCCAGCAGACGGCGUCAUAUGGGGCCCCUGCAGUACAAGCCGCUGCUGGACCCCAGGCCACAGCCACUGCUUUCGGCCGAGGACAGAAUCACAACGUACAGGGCUUCCAUCCAUAUCGACGCUGAGACUUCAGAAGGUCACAGCAACAAAGCGUUCAGUUCAAAGUCAGGGAAACGUGUGUUCUGGUCAUAAAGAAAAACUGGAUUUCUGGAUUGUUAUUUGGAACAAAUGCACACAAUUUGAGAGAGCAAAAGCAACUCAUGAAACCAGGGAUUCCACCAACUCACUUCUGUUACAAUUUCACUUGAUGUAAAAGAAGAGACUUUUGCAUAAGCUUUUGAGCGUCAACAUGAAAAAACCUUUAUUUGUCCCCCCCCUUGUUUUAUAGUAGAACUUUACUACUUUGCAAUAAGUUUUGAUUGUCUGGUCAAACACUAGCACAGAGAAUAUAUAUAUAAACAGAGACAUAUGUAUAUUUAUGGUGGAUACAGAAAAGAAAACAGGGUCUCAAGUUUCCUCAGCUUUAAAUUCUAGGGAAAAUGUUUUUAUUUUUCAUUUGGUCAAUUUUGUUUAUUUUCUGAGCCUUUUUAUUUUAAAGUUUGUUUAAAAUGGGAAAUAUGAAUAUAUAUUAUACACAAACUGUGCAAUUUUUUAAAAGAGAAUUUUGUACUAUAAAUGUACACUUUGCUUAUUUUUUAUUUAAAGAUGUAGACUUCCCUCAGGUGGCUGUUCGAGUGCAUUUUGCACUUAUGCAAAAAGAAAGGAAAACUUAUUUCAAAUAAAUGUUUUAAAGAUA